AUGCACGCCAGCAGCAGCCUGCUCGUGGCGGCCGUUGCGGCCUGGGCACCGGCAACGGUCACGGCCGCGGCGCUUCACGGAAAACGGGACGCAGUGCCGGCGGGCUUUGUGGCGGCUCCGUACUAUCCGGCGCCGCAUGGCGGCUGGACAGCCGACGCAGACUGGACGGCCAGCUACGCCAAAGCACAAGCGCUGGUGGCACAGAUGACGCUGGCCGAGAAGGCCAACAUCACGUCUGGCUCGGGCUUCUACAUGGGGCCCUGCGUCGGCAACACCGGCAGCGCUCCGCGGCUCGGCUUCCCGCAGAUCUGUCUGCAGGACAGCGCUCUCGGUGUGCGCAGCACCGACAAUGUCACCGCCUUUCCGGCCGGCAUCACGACGGCCGCCACCUGGGACAAGGACCUGAUGCUUGCCCGCGGUCGCGCCCUCGGCCAGGAGUUCCGCGGCAAAGGCGCCGGCGUCUAUCUGGGCCCGACCAUCGGACCGCUCGGCCGCAAGCCCAAGGGCGGCCGCAGCUGGGAGUCCUUUGGCGCCGACCCCGUGCUCCAGGCCAUCGCUGGCGGCCUCACCGUCCAGGGCGUGCAGUCGCAGGGCGUCAUCGCCACGGCCAAGCAUCUCAUCGGCUAUGAGCAGGAGAUCUACCUGAUCAACGGCCUGCUGAAGGACGAAUUGGGCUUCCAAGGAUUUGUCAUGUCCGACUGGCUUGCUCAGGUAUCCGGCGUGCCGUCCGCUUUGGCCGGCCUCGACAUGGCCAUGCCCGGCGACACCAUGAUCCCGCUGCUGGGUACCAGCUACUGGAUGUACGAGAUGUCGCGCGCCGCCCUCAACGGCUCCUUGCCCAUGGACCGUAUCAACGACAUGGCCACGCGCAUCGUUGCCACCUGGUACCAGAUGGGCCAGGACGACAGCUUUCCGGAACCCAACUUCUCCUCCAACACGGCCGACGCCACCGGCCUGCUGUACCCGGGCUCGGUCUUCUCGCCCAGCGGCAUCGUCAACCAGUACGUCGACGUGCAGGCUGACCACGCCACUGUGGCCCGCCAGGUGGCCACGGAUGCCAUCACGAUGCUCAAGAACGAUGGCGGUCUGCUGCCGCUGGCACUGUCGCGGCCGUUGGCCGUCUUCGGCACCGACGCUGCUGUCAACUCUGCCGGCGCCAACGCCUGCACCGACCGCGACUGCAACACCGGCACACUCGGCAUGGGCUGGGGCUCUGGAACGGUCAACUACCCCUACUUUGACGAUCCCAUCACGGCCCUGCGCAACCGCACCGCCGCCAACGUGACCUUUUACAACACCGACAGCUUCCCGUCGGCCGCCAAGAACCCUGGCCCCAACGACGUCGCUGUCGUCUUCCUCAGCUCCGACGCCGGCGAGAACUCCUACACGGUCGAGGGCAACCAUGGCGAUCGCGACAGCUCUGGCCUGGCUGCCUGGCACAAUGGCGAUGCCCUCGUCAAGGCCGUCGCUGCCGUCUACAGCCACGUCGUCGUCGUCGCCCACACUGUCGGCCCGCUCGUGCUCGAGCCCUGGAUCGACCUGCCCGCCGUCAAGUCGGUGCUCUUCGCCCAUCUGCCCGGCCAGGAAGCCGGUGCCUCGCUCGCCGACAUCCUCUACGGCGUCGUCUCGCCCAGUGGCCACCUGCCCUACUCCAUCACUUACGCCGAGGACGACUACCCGUCCAGCCUGACUAAGCUCACUGGCUUCGCCCUUGGCCAGCCUCAGGACACCUUCUCCGAGGGUCUCUACAUCGACUACCGCUACCUCCAGAAGAACAACAUCUCCGCUCGCUACGCCUUCGGCCACGGCCUCAGCUAUGCCAACUUCACUCUGUCGGCUGCCAGCAUCGCCGUCGGCACUGCCCUGACUACCGUGCUGCCCGCCUCUCGGCCGGCCAAAGGCACCACGCCCUCUUAUAGCACCUCCAUCCCUGCCGCUUCCGAGGCCGUCACGCCGUCGGGCUUCUCAACCAUCUGGCGCUACCUAUACCCGUGGCUGAACUCGUCCGAAGCUACCGCCGCCGCUGCUGUCGGCGUCAAGGCUGCCGCUGGAACGGCCUCGGCCAUCUACCCCUACCCGGCUGGCUACUCCAACAACCAGACGGCCGGCCCGGCUUCAGGAGGUGCCCAGGGAGGCAACCCGGCCCUGUUUGACGUCGCCUUCUCGCUCUCAGUCAAGGUCACCAACGACAACGUCUCCUCAGCGCUGUCUGGCCGUGCUGUCGUCCAGGCCUACAUCCAGUUUCCCGCCAACAGCGUCUACGACACCCCCGUCGUCCAGCUGCGUGAUUUUGCCAAGACGGCCUCGCUGGCCCCCGGCGCCUCGUCAACGCUGGAGCUGCAGCUCACGCGCAAGGACCUUAGCGUGUGGGAUGUCACCCAGCAGAAUUGGGUCCUGGCCGGCCUGCCCAACAGCGGCAGCAGUCCCGCGCGCUACACCAUCUGGCUGGGCGAGGCCAGCGACAAGCUGUACACGGCCUGCUACACCGACACGCUCGAGUGCGUGAGCGGGUUGAGCGGGCCAUAG